CCGGAGGAAGGGGGCGCGGGGCGGCCGCGCGGGAGGCCGGGGCCCGGGCCGGGCGGAGCGGGAGAGCCAUGGGGGAGGCGGCCAGCCCCGCGCCCGCGUCCGCGCUCUGGGACUGGGACUACCUGGACCGCUGCUUCGCCCGCCACCGCGUCUGCAUCUCCUUCGGCCUGUGGAUCUGCUCCUCCUCCUGCUGGAUCGCCGCCCACACGCUGCUUCUCUAUCUGAAGUGUGCGAAGAAAUCCAGACGGGACCAGUCAGUGCUGUGCGCUGCCUGCUGCCUCCUCAGCAGCCUGUGUGACACCAUCGGGGCCAUUCUGGCCAGACAGCUCACGAUCCAGGUAUUCACAGGUGCCUACCUCGCCGCUGCUGACUUGGUGAACUUUGUCUUCAUCCUUUUCCCCAUCUGCGGCUGCCAGUGGAAGUCUCAUCGCGGUCGGGGCUCCCAGGAGAGGACGAGGAGGCAGCGGCUCAGGGCCAGUGUAUUUGCUCUGGCCCUGCCGCUGAGCCUGGGACCAGGCUGGGCUCUCUGGGCCACCACCCCAAAGGCCUCAGGCCCUGUCCGUGGGUCCCAGCGGAGGCUUCUGGAAAGCCUGCUGCAGGACAAUACUGAAGUCCUCGGCUACCUGCUGGGUGGCAUUGCUGUCUUUGGCUCCUGGGCUUCCCGGAUCCCCCCGCUCUCCAGAAUCUGCCAAGGUAAGGCGUUUCCCUCCAUCCACCUGUGGACCCGGCUCCUGUUGGCCCUGGCUGGCCUCCUCUAUGCCUCGGCCAUCGUGGCCCAUGACCGGCGGCCCGAGUACCUGCUUCGGGCCACGCCCUGGUUCCUGACCUCCCUCGGUCGAGCUGCGCUGGACCUCUCUAUCAUAUUCCUCUCCUGGGUGAUGAAGAGCAAGAUGAGACGGGCCUUGGGAUUUGCCCCAGAAGCCAGAGAGAGCCCGGACACCCAAGCCCUCUUGACCUGCGCAGAGAAAGAGGAAGAAAGCCAGGAGAAUUCAGAUUGGGUGCCUCUCACUACACUUCCACCCUGCAAAUCACUCAGGACAAUGGCAGCCAUCAGUCGCUACUUGGAGCUGACCAUCGAGCCGGUGCAGCAGGCAAGCUGCAGCACCACCAGGCUGCCCGGCGAUGGACAGAUGAGCCCUGGAGACGCCACCCUAGAGGAGCCUCCCUCGUACCCUCCCGUUCAGGUCAUCCGGGCCCGCGUGUCUUCCAGCAGCUCCUGCGAGGUCUCCUCCAUCAACUCGGACCUCGAGCAGAAGUAUUGGGAAGCCCUAAACUCGGAGCAGUGGGACCCUGAAGACGUAAACCUUGAAGGGAAAAAAGACAACGUAGACAUGCUCGGAUCCCAGGCACACAGGGGCUCCAUGGGGCCAGUGGUCUUGAUGUCUGACGAAGAACACCUAAUGCAAGGCCAUCAGCUCAGAGCCCUCAGCCAAACGUUUGUCAGGAACGGAGCAGGGAUCAACCUGCAGUGACCCCCAUGGCAGGCAUCUCAGCUUCUGCAGAGGUGGCUCAUGAAAGUGAGGAGCUGGGUGUGGUCACUGAGCUUGGCUGCUCUGCGCUGUGGCUCAGAACAGAGCGAAGACUCCCGGUCCCGUGGACAGACCUGGGCAUGCGCAGUUUGGUCUGAAGAUCAGAAGUUCACAGACCACUCUUUGAAGUAGAAACUUUCAUCUAAAGGUCACUG